AUGGAAAGAAAGAAGCUGGAAGACGAAUUGGCAGAGAAAAUACGAGCAAUAGAAUCGAAAGAGGAAGAGAUAGUCACACUUAAGGAAAAAACUAAAAAAUUGGAAAUUGAUGUAACAGAGCGGGAACAAAUUAUUUUUGAGCGACUAGAUAAAAUAGAGAAAGAGACAACGACAACAGAGACAAGUUCAAGAAAAGGGAAAGAUAAAAUUGUGGAGCCAGAGGAGGACAAUAUGAAUGAAAACAAGAAACUCGCAAUGGCAAGCCAGGGCACAGAGCUGAUUAUGACAGCAAAUAAACAAUUUUUCCCGCCCCAAUUAAACAAAAUUAGAUAA